AUGUGCGUCGAUUUCACCAACGUCAACAAGGCCUGUCCUCAAGACCAUUUCCCUCUCCCACGUAUCGACCAGAUCGUUGACUCCACCGCCGAAUGCGAUUUACUGUGCUUCCUGGACGCCUUCUCGGGCUAUCAGCAAAUCAAGAUGGCGGUGCAAGACAUUGAGAAGACAGCCUUUCUAACCCCGUGUGGGGUGUACUGCUACACCUGCAUGUCGUUUGGGCUGCGCAAUGCAGGAGAAACCUUCCAACGGUUGAUGCAUAUCGCCCUAGGACAGCAGCUCGGGAGGAACGUUGAGGCGUACAUCCACGACAUAGUGGUGAAAUCUCGGGAAGCAAGAACUCUUAUCGAAGAUCUGGGGGAGACGUUCGCCAGCCUGCGCCAAGUGAACCUAUGGCUGAACCCAAAAAAAUGUGUGUUUGGCGUUCAGUCUGGCAAACUGUUGGGUUCCCUGGUGUCGCACAGAGGGAUCGAGGCCAACCUCGAGAAGGUCAAGGCCAUAGAAAGGAUGAGUCCACCGCAAACCCUCAAGGAGAUGCAGAAGAUGGCGUGCUGCCUUCCAAGACCUCAAGAAGUACCUCACUAUCCCACCGGUGAUGUUAGCACCGCGCCCCUUGAACCUUUGGCACUCUACCUGCCCGCCAUGCCUCACUCCACCAGCGCAACGCUGGUGGCAGUUCGGGAGGAGCGCCCGACCAAGGGCUCACGGGGAAGCACCUCGCACCCGGCCGAGGUGCGGUGGCCUCAGGACAGGGCUCCUGAGGGCUCGGCCGCCCUAUCGGUCAACGGCACUCUUGAGGCCUCGGCCAAUCCUCCAGACAGCGAGACUCCUGAGGAUAGUCUUCCUGAGGCCACGGUUGCCUCGACAGAUGACAAGGCUCCUGAGGACCCUCAGCCCCAGGAGGUGCAGGAUUCCACCAAUGCCUUCGGCCUCAAUGAGCACCUGGUGUACUUCCUCUUGCUCGCGCUCCCCGUCGCCUCCCGGAAGCUGCGCCACUACUUCCAAGGCCACCCCAUCAAGGUUGUCUCAGCUUACCCCCUGGAGAGGGUGCUCCAGAGCCCUAACGCCGCGGGGAGGGUCACUGAAUGGAACAUUGAACUACAGGCGUUCCAGUUGGAGUUUAGCACCACCAGGAUCAUCAAGGGUGCGGCCCUCGCCGACUUCGUGGCGGAAUGGACUGAUUCCCAACCGAGAAGUGGGCGAGGAACAUUCCCUCUCACCUAG